AUUCAUAAAUCCUCAAAAGUAGAAGAAAGGGGGUAAAUUCCUUAAACCCUAAAACGCCAUUGUUAUCUCCUUCUCCACAAGUUUCGUGAAAAGUUUGAAGCUUUAGACACCAGUAGUAGCAGUGUCGUCGAUGGUAGCAUCAGAUCAAACUUCGUUUUACGCUUCGAAGCUAUCAGGACGAACUUGGGCCUCUGUUGUUUCCGGUGAUGGUGAUGGUAACGAGGUUGGUGCUCUGAGUUUUGUUAACGAUUUCGAUACCUCGUCUCAGUCUUUAGCGGGAAAAUCGGAAUGUUGCGAUGUUGAUCGAGCUGAUGAUCUUGAGGGAGAAAGAAUUGGGGUUGAAGAAGCUGUGAAAGAGAUUGAGGAAGAUAGUGUGGGUAAAUUUGAAAAUGUGAGUGUUGAUGUUGUAGAUGAGAAUCUGGUUUCUUAUGAAACCGAGAAAGAUGAAAUUGAGGUAAGGGAGAGUGAGAACGAAGUAAAGGGUUUAGAAGAAGCUGUGAAAAAGAUUACGGAGGAUGGUGUGGGUAAGUUUGAAUUUGUGAGUGUUGAUGUUGAAGAGAAAGAGGUUGUGGAUGAGACUCUAGUUUCUUAUGUAAUUGAGAAAGAGGAAAUUGGGGAUAGGGAGAGUGAGAACGAAGUAAAGGGUGUGGAAGAAGUAGUAUCUGAGGAUGGAACCAAAGAGGAGAAGUGUUGGUUUAGUGAUAAAGUCGAUGAUGAAGAUAAUAUUGAUCAGGUCGUAGAAGAAGAGGCUGUGAAGUUAAGAAACUUCAUUGUGGACUUAUUAACCACAGAAUCUCUGCAUGUUGAUGUGGUUGAUAAGACCCCCCUGAAUAAUCAGGAGACUAUUUAUACACGUGAAAUUAGUGCUGAAGACAUGGAAAUCGAAUCUUCUCGAGAAGGUGUUGUUGGAGUUGACGGGUCUGAAAGUGAUGAAGAAACUGAAGGGAUGAUAUUAGGGAGUUCAAAAUCUGGAGAACAGUUCUUGGAAGAGUUGGAAAAGGUUUCUUCUGGUAUUCAAGCCCAAUCCGAUGAAACAAACAUUCCCAACCAUCACGUUGAUAGGAUUGAUGGCCAGAUUUUCACUGAUUCUGACGAGGAAGUAGACACGAAUGAUGACGGUAAGGAGAAAACCUUUGAUUCUGCAGCUUUGGCUGCGUUUCUAAAGGCAGCCACCAGUGGAAGUUCAGAUGGUGGUAAUUGUAGCAUAUCGCAGGAUGUAAUGAAGCUUUUUUCUAUGGAACAUCCAGCUGGUCUGGGUUCCUCUUUAAGAUUUGUUCAAUCUGCAGCCCCACUUCCAAAUCAUUCCAAUAUCUUUCCCAGUCUAAAAGUUCAAAUGGGUGGAGAGAGUGAGAAUAACUUGAGCGAGGAAGAGAAACAUAAGUUGGAAAAAUUGCAAAGUAUGCGUGUAAAAUAUUUGCGUCUUGUGCAUAGGUUAGGGCAGUCUGUAGAAACUUCAAUAGCAGCGCAGGUGCUUUACGAUCUUGCAUUUCUUACUUUGAGACAUUCUGGUCAGUCGUUCAGUCUUGAUGCUGCAAAAAAGAUGGCUAUGGAUUCUGAGGCUAAGGGAAAAGAUUUAAAUUUCUCUCUAAACAUAUUGGUCCUUGGAAAAUCCGGAGUGGGGAAAAGUGCUACGAUAAAUUCCAUAUUGGGUGAUCAGAAGGCAUCAAUUCAUGCAUUUCAACCAUCCACCACUUCGGUUCUAGAAAUUUCUGGAACGGUGGAUGGUGUCAAGAUCACAAUCAUCGACACUCCGGGCUUAAAGUCUUCUGCCAUGGAUCAAAGCGCCAAUUCCAAAAUGUUGUCUUCAGUGAAGAAGAUAAUGAAGAAGUGUCCCCCUGAUGUGGUUCUUUAUGUUGAUCGUCUUGAUGCUCAGAAUAGAGGCUUGGACAAUAUGCCCUUGCUAAGGACGAUUACUGCGUCUCUUGGUACAUCCAUAUUGAAAAACGCCAUAGUGGUAUUGACCCAUGCUGGUUGUGCCCCUCCUGAUGGCCCCUAUGGCACUCCUUUGAGCUAUGAUGUGUUUGUAGAACAGUGCUCACAUAUUGUUCAACAGUCUAUUGGACAUGCCGUUGGUGAUCUACGUUUGAUAAACCCAAGAUUACUUAACGAAGUUUCUCUUGUUGAGAAUCACUCGUUGUGUAGGAAGAACCGGAAGGGAGUGAAGGUUCUCCCGAAUGGCCAAACUUGGAGACUGCAGCUGUUACUUUUGUGCUACUCUAAGAAGGUCAUUUCAGAUGCACGUUCUCUAUUGAAGCCUCCAGAAGCAUUGGACCAUCGUAAAUUAUUUGGUUUCCAAGUUCCAGCGCUGCCUCUCCCUAACUUGUUGUCUUGGCUGUUGCAGUCCCGUGCACAUCCUAAGCUCCCUGCAGAUCAAAGUGGUGAUAGUGUUGAUUCUGAUAUCGAAAUUGAUGUGUCUGAUUCUGAGCAGGAAGAUGGGGAAGAUGACGAGUAUGAACAGCUGCCACCAUUUAAGCCUCUUCGAAAAACCCAACUUGCAAAACUCUCAAAGGAACAGAGAAAAGCUUACUUUGACGAGUAUGAUUACCGGGUAAAGCUUUUGCAGAAGAAACAAUGGAGGGAGGAGUUGAGGAGGAUGAGAGAGAUAAAGAAAAACGGGAAGAAGAAGGUCACUGAAAGUGAGUAUGGUUACCCUGAAGAAGAAGAGGCUCCACCUGCAUUGGCUCCUGUUGUAUUACCGGAUGUGGUCUUGCCACCUUCAUUUGACAGUGAUCACUCAGCUUAUCGUUACCGUUGUCUGGAACCCACUUCCAAGCUUAUUACCAAGUCAGUGUUGAACCCCCAAGGCUGGGACCAUGAUUGUGGACUUGACUGUGUUAUCGCAGAACGGAGUCUCGCCAUAGCUAAUCGAUUCCCUGCGGCAGUUAGUGUCCAAGUGACCAAGGACAAGAAAGAGUUCAACAUUCAUCUAGACUCCUCUAUCUGUGCUAAGCACGGGGACAGUGGAUCUACCAUGGCAGGGCUUGUUAUCGAGGGAAGUGAGCAACUUAUGUAUACGUUAAAAGGAGAAACCAAAUUCAAGAACUCAAGGAGGAAUGAGAUGACUCUUGGAGGGCUAGUGACAUUCUUUGGUGGGAAAAUUCCCAGUGGUCUCAAACUCGAGAAACAGAUCGCCUUGGGAAAACGGGUCGUCCUCGUGGGAAAUGCAGGGACCACACGGUCACAAGGAGACUCGGCUUAUGAAGGAAACCUUGAGGUCAGGCUUAGAGAAGCUGAUUUCCCAAUAGGCCAAAACCAAUCCCAUAUGGGAGUGUCUCUAAAGAAGUCGAAAGAUGAUUUAACAGUCACAGCCAAUGUACGACAUCAAGUCUCUGUUGGAAGACAAACAAAGGUAACAGCUUUUGCAAGUCUUGACAGCAAGAGGAAUGGGCGUUUAACAGUCCGAACCAGCAGCUCAGAUCAGUUGCAGAUUGCUGUCAUGGCUCUUCUUCCCCUUGCCAUAUCAAUCUACAAGAGGAUUUUUGGAUCAGGAGAUAACUGAGAAUGCUCUUUAGGAUUAGGGAGUUUUAACUUUAAACAGAAAUUAAACAGAAAAGCCUUUC